CUGCGCGGGCUGCGUCCCUGUUCUUCCCAGGAGGCUCCUCGCUGCCUGGUGCCAUAGAGGCCCAUGGAGGGAAAGGAGGAUAAGCAUCAGGUGACUGGUGGCCACGUGGUAAAGCCCUGGAACCUGUCUUCCUACCACCUUAUGACCCUAAGAGCACCCAGAGGAGUGACUUCCAAAAACCAACAUGUCCACUGGUUCUGCCAGUCAAACACAGCAAGAUGCAAAAGCCUUCUUACGGAAUAGUUCCACUUGUCUUUCCUGGUACAUCAGAACUUCAAAACAAUUUUAUAGAAUACAUCUCUUUUAUACAUCAAUAUGAUGCCAGGAAAACUCCGAAUGAGCCUCUCUGGGGAAAGAGACAUGGAGCUUUUGUACAGAGAGAGAUAAAACCAGGGAGUAGGCCAACAGUUCCUAAAGGAACAGAGGUAUUACUGAAUGCUCCAGGGUCACGUUCAUCAGAACAGUCAAAAAAAACAGAGAAAGGAAACUCAGCGGAAAGCAGAAUGAUCUCACCAUGUCUCUGCCAACAAAAUUCCCAAGAGCUGUUAGAGACUAAAACUCACUUAUCAGAAACAGACUUCAGACAGGCAGCCAAGGCGUGCCCCAGCAGUCCUGAGAGCAGAGAAAAGACCACAGGCGCCACUCAGACAACUGAAGGAGAUGUUCUUUUCACCAGGCACAAGCCUCUAAAUCCAGCAAUUAAAAAAUCAGAAUAAAUUACCUUCUUCCGAUAAAAGUAUAAUCCCUGGAAUAUAGGGGAAUUUCACAAUCCUCAUCUUGGCCCUCACAUUUACUUUUUUUUUUUGUUAUCAAUAACCUCAGAGCAUACUAUUUAUGUAAAUGGAAAAAGAGAAAAAAAGACAAUUAGAAUACAACCAAAUGUUAUUAA